AUGCGUUUGGACCCAUAUCCCCAACUUCCAGCUGCAGAUGCACGGCCGCAAACGAACGGGGGGAUUCACAGUGCCCGCGAUGUUGAUUACCAUCGCAAACCUGUGAAAGACUGGGACUAUGCUGAUGUAGCAGAAUGGCUUUCAUCUGAGGGCUUUUCUGCUUUUGCUAACCUGAUAGCGUUCGAACAUAAGAUCGACGGCUCGAUGCUUUUGAUGCUAACAGAGAAGGACUUACGGGAGAAGCCUCUGGAAAUGACAUGUUUAGGUGAUAUAAAACGGCUGGCAAUCGCCAUUUCAAUGCUUCGUGAUUCUGCUCAUCCCAAGCUCCAUACUUUUCCAUCAACUUCAAGUGUGCAAGAGCCAGUGCAUUCUAGUCCAAAAAAAACGAUAUCGAAAACUGCUCGAGAACAUGAAGAUAUGCUAGUCUGCGUAGAAGUUGAAGACGGUGUUGUCCCAAUUGCAAACGCCGACUCUAAAAUAUUAGCAGAUACAAGGGAGAAUGCGAAUCGUGUUUUGACUGAGAUAAUGUCGAAGGAUGGUGAGGGAGAAGUGAGACGCGUCCACUUGUUGAGCAGGGAAGAAAUCAUUCGCCAGGUGGAAAGUCCAGAUACCAAAAACAAGUCUUACGUAAAACUAUUUAUAGCUUUUUGCUAUUGUUCUUUUUCCCUCUUAAUAACUGCGUUUACGAUGGUGAUUGUUCAUGACCGGGUCCCAGAUAUGAAGACUUAUCCACCACUGCCAGAUGUCGUGUUAGAUAACCUUCCUUUCAUACCAUGGGCAUUCGAAAUGUGCGAACUAAUUGCUGUUUGUCUGUCUACAGUUUGGUUUAUCAUACUAUUCUUCCAUAAACAUAGAGUGGUAAUAAUGCGACGCAUGUUUUCUCUGACUGGGACUGUCUUCCUUCUGCGAUGCGUUACUAUGAUCAUUACAUCCCUUUCUGUUCCCGGUGCUCAUCUGGAAUGUCGUGCGAAAACGUAUGGUAGCUUAUGGGCAAAGUUGUGGCAUGCUUAUCACAUUUGGUCGAAAUUGGGAAUGUCUAUUCGAGGGGUUCGUACUUGUGGUGACUAUAUGUUUAGUGGUCAUACAACGGCUAUCACUUUGUUGAAUCAUUUAAUUACUGAAUACACGCCAGAUAGUUGGCAUGGGUUACACACUGCUACGUGGGUUUUAAAUCUUUUCGGAAUAUUCUUCAUCCUAGCUGGACAUGAACAUUACAGUAUCGACGUAUUUAUUGCGUUCUAUAUAUCUUCCAGAAUGUUUUUGUACUACCAUGCUUAUGCGUAUAAUCAUUACAAUUUGACUUUUCAAGACGGCAGGAUGCGUAUUUGGUUCCCUUUAGGCUGGUUUUUCGAGGCUGGCGGGCACGGUCGAGUUCCUAAUGAGUAUGAAUUUCCUUUUUCACUUCCUGACGUGUCUUGGUUAAGUCGGAAGCGGAAUCCCUCACCUACUGUAGUCGGAAGUGGGGAGAAAAGAACUCGGAUACCAAGCUUAAGCCUAGAUCGAAAGAACCCGUCUCCAGAAAACAAUAAUAAGCCAACAAGACGAAGAAGAAAGCGUUGA